AAGGGAUUUUGGUUUUUUUUUCUUUCUGGGGUUGGGGAGUGUUUCGCGACUAUUCUUUAGUCUCGAAUUGUGUGAGAAACGCCCCUGAUGUAUUGAUGUGUCGCCCCUGGAAGUUGAUCAAGUGUUCUGAGAAAUUGCUGCGUACUCUACACAAGAAACCAGUUUUAUGUUGUGUUUAUUCCGUUGGUACUGUACCUCCUCAGUGUGACUGUAUGCGUCGAGUGAUAAACAUAUAUUCGUAGUUUUUUUUUCUUUCUUUGAAAAUGUUGCUUGAAUGCACGAAAAUGCAAUAGAAUUUUCUUAUUUCAGAGAAAACGUUUUACUACUGAUAAAUCUGAUAAAUCUUGAGUUGAUCAUUAGUUUUGCGAAGGGUCACAUUGAGAUUGAACUACGGAAAACAGACGCUUUGGUUUUAUUUCUGAGUAGAGAGCAAGGAAAGAGUAAAACAAGGAGUCUGGGUUACAAUCGCCCUGCAAAACUAUGAUUAGGUGAAUACUAGACUUAGUAUUUUUAUUUAUUGAAUAGGAAAGAGAGCAUUUUUUGGUUGGUUAUAAAUAUGCCGCUUUACAUUCAAUCUCAAUACUCUUGGGGUGUGUAACCUUUUGUUGAGUAUAAUAAGUCAUGUCCGUAGGACAUAAUAAUAAUUUAAGGGGGGGGGGGAGGAGACGCUCAGCCUCGGAAAGUGAUGGGGAUGUUAUGAGUAGUACUUUGAACCCCGUUAAUCCUUCUGUAACCAAUAGAAUAUCCAAUAUCAAUAAUGAUAGAUGCAUUUCUUCUCCUCAUAUUAAUAUUUCGGGCUUUAUUGAUGAUUCCUACCGAAAUAAUUUGGGGACCAGGCUUGAGACUAGAACCCAAACAAGAUCUAAAGGGGGUUCUAACUCAAUUGAUGGGAGAAUGAGAAAUGAGUAUACCCGUAUUAAAAUAUCUGUCUUUGAGUGGGGGGAGAUUGCAACUAAUACUGUACAGCCAUUACGUAUUAUUGAUUCUAAAUACAAUGAGUAUUGUACGGAAAUAGAGCAAUGUAUUUCUAAGAUUUUGUUAGCCAGGGGGGAUUAUGCCUUAAUUGGGGAAUUCGGAAGCAUUAAGGAUAGACUGAGUGUUAUGAGAAGAGAAGCCAGACAAUUCUCCAGAGCCCACCUACAACAAGAUAACCGUCCUACACCUGAUCAAAGCUUACAAAACCCACCUACCGGCUAUAACACUAGGAACUCUAAUCUUGAUAACGUUUUUGUGGAACCUCCUAUUAACCUUAAUAAUAGUCUGUCCAAAACAUUACCGUCCUCUACUUCUAAAGAAAGGGGGGGGGUAGGGUAAUCUUUCCAGAAUAGACUUACAUUCGGGGAGUCAAAGCAUUAGAACUGUAAUGGCUUCUAGUACUGAACCCCUUACUGAGGGUGCAGGCUUAGUUAGACAUUCUACUCCCGAUGAUAAUGUUAUCGGGAAUCCUCAAACUAGUGCUAUUAGUAUAGAUUUAUCCCAAUCCCUCACGGAUAUCAUGGCUGGGAUACCUGGUGUCCACACUAACCCUGGAGUAGGACUAGAUGUUAUUUCUACGUGUACUGACUCUUGGUUUAGUAUGAUAAGGUCUCAUCAGAUUAAGCAGGACGAAAGGUUAGAAAGCUUGCAUAAUACUAUCCUAUCUUUAAAUCUUACUAUACAGGGAGCCGAAGCUAUGUACACUCGUUCUAUGGAAACUCUGGAGGAUUUAAAGUCCAAUAGUGAUGAGGUCUGGAGACGUUUAAUGAAGGAUGAGAACAGAUUAGAUAGAUUAGACUCUGAGGUUGAGAGAGUAGAGACGAUGGUUAAUGAUAAGAUGAGUAUAGUUCAGGAAUGGUUUGCUGAUUUAACUGAUCGUCCCAUCUCGUAGGUCCCUUGAGAAAUCGUUAAUUCCAUCCAGGAAAUUAUUAAUGAUAGUGCUCCUGGUUUAGCUGUUGAUUCCAUGAGAGAGGAGGUUAGGGAGCUUAGACAGACUGUGACUUCCAGUAAGCAUGCUACAGAGGGUCUCCAUAAUAUUGUAGUUGAUCUAUCCGAACAAAUAGCUAACAAUUCUGUACUCAUAUCUCCUGAUUCUGGAUUCAUCUCACCUAGAGACAGUAGAGUAGUUGAGAAUAAUUCUAGAGAGUGUGGAAUAGUUAGAAAGGGCAUAGAAAGGUUGGAAAAGCAGAUAAGACAGCUGACUCAGGAUAUUAUGGAUACUGAACCUGUGGAUAUCUCCCUGAUUAAAAAAUGUAAGACAGUUGAUGUCCCCUGUGUUCAUGCUGCCGUAGGUAAUAUUCAGAAAGCAUUGCAGAAAUACGUCACUUUCUCCGAGAUGGAUGUAGGAUACUGCGAUUACAUUAAUGAUCUUCUUGAUACUGCAGAGAACUGGUGUUUAAAGAUAGAGGAUUUGUACAACCGUGCUGAGAUACAUAGUAUUAACACAUCUAAAGGGGAUACUGCUGAUGUUGGUAUUUUUUCGGAUAAUGCCAAAGUCACAGUAUAUGAAUUUUUAGAAUCAGCUGAGCUUGCAUACUUGGGUUGGGGCAACUCUGUACAGAAAGCAAAUAGAUUAUACAACCGUCAUUUGUCUGAAGAAAUAAAAGGAAAACUUAUUGAUAAAUCUGAUUCCUAUUCAGAAAUGAAAAAAUGGUUAAUCCAGCAAUAUGGGGGGGCAUCCAGGAUUAUAAAUGAUAUUAUCAAUGAUUUAUCCCUCCGUCCUAAGCCUAAUGCAAAUGAUAGUAAUGCAAAGUUCACUUUUUACGCUUAUAUCUCCGGUGCUCUACAAAGAUUAGAGAGACUGUCGAAGGUAAAUUGCAUAGACAAGGUUGAAUUAGAGAGUUGUCUGUGCUCUAGAGCUACCCUGAGCAGUUUAUCCCUGGUCCUACCAAGCAAGACUUACAUGAAGUGGAUAUCAGAGAUGACAAGGAAUAAUCUGGACUACAAGAACCCUGCUGGGUCUGCUGCUUACAAGGUUUUCAAGAAUCUCUGCAUCGUAGAGAGAAAUACUAGCGAAGGUUCCAGGAUCCCGGAGAAACCUAGCUCACCCAAGACCAAACCUAGAUCUCCUAAACCCAAACCUAAAUCUGUGUAUAAGAUUCAAGAGAAGAAUGAGUCGUGCUCUUAUGAUGAACAGCAGCCUAGUACAUUUGCUACUACAUUCCACAACCAACAGUGGUAUCCACCUAACUUGAAGUUCCCAUGCCCUAUUGGAAACCACAAGCAUGAAAUGAGCACAUGCUCCGAAUUUUUUUCAUUAAAUCCUGUGGAGAGAUGGGGUAAGAUGGAUAAAGGAAAGAUCUGUUAUGCUUGUCUACUCCCUAAGAAUGUGUGCACUGACAGGAAAUGUAGUUUUGAAGCUUCUAUCCCUGAAACCAUCAAGUGUCAUGGAUGUGCUCCCUGGGCUCAAUCUAAGAAUCUGGCUCCUUUCAACAUUUUAUUUUUAUAA